AGACAGUUGUUUCUAGUGCCUGUUUUAGCUAUAAUAAUGGGGGUUAAUUAUUAAACCUUUUACUUGGUUGCUCACUUGUGCUGCUGAUGCUUUAAUCCUGGGUCACAGAAAGUUUAAGAGUGCUUUACCGGGUAGACUCACUUCUUUUGCCUCAACCUUUCCAUACUGACAGGAUGUUACGGGUUUUGCUGCUUACUCUCUCUGUAGUUGCCAUUGUUCAUGCUGAGCUGUGCAAGCCAGAUGCACAGAAUGCUUUCAAAGUACGGCUUAGUAUCAAAACAGCUUUGGGAGACAAUGCAUAUGCCUGGGAUGCUAAUGAAGAAUACCUCUUCAAAGCAAUGGUGGCUUUUGCAAUGAGAAGGUAUUCCAGCAAGAGCACAACUCAAAUUUCCAAUGUGCUGGUCUGCAAUGUGACAGAUCGGGUGUCAUUUUGGUUUGUGGUCACAGAUUCUUCCAAAAACUUGACAACUGUUCCUGAAAGUGAGGUAGAGGCAGCCAUCAGGAUGAACCGGAACAGGAUCAACAACGCCUUCCUACUGAGUGACCAAACGCUGCAGUUCCUGAAGAUAACCUCAACCUUAUCACCUCCUGUUGAGCCCUCCACGCCUAUCUGGCUUAUUGUAUUUGGUGUUGUUCUUUGUCUCAUUGUGGCUGGAAUUCUUUUCCUUGUUGUUGCAGGGAUUCAGCAACGCAAGAAAAAGAAUAAAGACUCAACAGAGAGAGAAAAUUUAGAAGAAAAAAGUGAAGUGACAGUAACAGUAGAAAAUGGGAUUCCUUGUGAAACGCUGGAUUUAAAAGCAGGCCACAUUAAUGGAGUGUUUGCAGCAGAUGAUGAGCGGUUCACGUCCUUAUGAAAUGCUGCCAUUGCUAUGUGGUAGUUUUUUGGAAGACUCCUGUGCCUACCUUAUCUCGUCACUACUCCUGAAUGUCAAACAUGAAGACAAGAAAAAUGUUCUUUCACUUAAUUUCCCUCAAGAGAACCUUUUGCUGAUAACACAUACACUCAAACCUCCAUUACAAAACUUUUGUUCAUGAGCAAAGCAAAUGAGAAGAUGUCAAAUGAUAUCCAUUGAAGAUUUCCAGAAGAUGUGUGGCAGAACAGGGCUGAAACCUGCGUUGUGUCAGCUGUUUAAUUUUUAAUGAUUUUUUAUAUAUGCCUAUUGCUUGUUUUUCCCUGAUAUAAAUGUGAAAUUUCAUUAUUCCUGAAUGCCACUGGGGAGAUCAUCUAUCAUUGUCAAUUCUUGCUAGGCUUUAUUUCAAGCCAUAUGCAAAAGUGUCUCUGUAAAAUUACCUCUGUUUGCUGAUAUACAGUAUGCCUUUGCAUGGAAUAGUGAUUAGUGCAUGAAAGUUUCAGUUUAUUAAGGGGAAAAAAGCAAGCUUUCACAGUCUCUGUAAGAGCAGGUUAAAAAGCGGCUGGUCAUCUGUAGCUUUAGGACUAGCAAGGAUCUGGUACUAAAAAUGUUUUUCACUUAACAGUAAAAGUCACAGAUUACAUGACCUGGAAAUUAAAAGUGGCAAAAGUUUGAAAUAUGUUGAAAUUAAAAGUUGCAACAAAGGGCAGAUUUUCCAAAGGUGCAGUCUGUGAUUAGUGGCCCAGCUCUCAUUAAACCUAGGAGAGAAUUUCACAGCUCUCUGAAAAAAUCUUCCUGACAUUUUAAAAUAAUAAAACUAGAGCAGAUUUCCAAGACAUAGUGAACCCAGGGUCAACUGAACUCUUCAUGUGGCAGCUGGAUAGCUUUUGAAAAGAUUGUGUUUGAAACACCAGCUGCUGGGCUUGAUGGACCUGAGCCAGAUAAGAAUGUGCAGGCAGUGGUAAGUCAGCAGAGACCAUUCAAACCUGUGUGUAUUUCCUGUUUAUGUGGCUGGAAGUUCAGGGUACCAAAUGGUGCCAAACCCCAAACUGCAUUGUUGAAUUACUUUGAAAUCAGCGGUACAUACAGACUGUGCUAUCUGUACCCUAAUCCUGUUCCCAUUUAAAUCAGUGAUACAAUUCAUACUGAUUUCAGAAGAACUGGGCCCCAUUAAAGGGGCACUGUAUGUGUGGGUAUCUGAACACAGAGAAUGGAAGUGUGUUGAAGGCAACUAUGAUAUCAGCAGUCACCAAACAGCUGCCCAUGUCACUGAAGGCAGGAUUUGACCAUUAGCCAUCUUUUUUUCCAGUGUCAUGUUUGGAGGCAAUAUCAGAAAACCCAUUUACUUAUUUGGGUUAUUUCAUCAGACUCCUCACCAACAGGAACAGGGUCAAACAGGGUAAAAGCUGCUUGUAAAGGACCAUCCAGUGUCCUGAAGUGUUUCUUGUCUCCAAGGGUACAAAUCCUUCAGGAUUUUGGCUGUAUUGAGCACUUUUGACUGUCCAUUUGACUCAGCACUGCCUCUUGGGUGUGGGGUGAACAGAAGGGGAGGAAUGAGGAGGAGAUGGGGAAGCAGUGGGCUGAAGGGAGGAAGCUGAGUGGGGGAAGCCUAAGGCUUGGGGAGACGGGAGGAGAGAAGGGCUAAAUGCAAAAUAAAACUUUUGAACCCACUGAUCAUUUGCCUCAGUUGGUCUCAUCUGUCAUGGUUGUCUUUCAUGUCCUGAUGGUGAGUCCAUCUGGACAAGGGCUGUGUCUUCUUUGUAUCCCAGAAGGUGUGCUGCUCCAUUCUGGGAAAGGAUUAGUAAAGUCGGUUAUUAAUGACAAUAUCUCAGUGCUUCAAAAGUACCAUCCACAACAUGGAGAUAUAUUUCUCACCAGAAUGUCAAAGAUUAAGCUUACCAGUGCUUAAGAUCGUUUGGAGGGAAGAUCAGAGUUCAGUGUUAUUAUUGCUUUCUCAGUCAUUGCUCCAAGGUCUUUCACUCAGGCACAGUUUUACUGAGGUAAUUCACAUCCCAUCAUUUCUAUAUCUUCACACUUUUCACAUUCUUUGUAUGACAGAUAGCUACGCCGCAGUAUGAUCAUGGAUUGCUGUAACUGCAGCACCUCGGCAUUAACUGGUGAAAGAUUUCAGUGAGAACAGCUUGACAGUGCAAGAGCAACCUUGAGCCACCGAUCAAAAAUUUCUGUUGUCCUGUAUUGUACUAUAUGAUACCAAAAUAAAAUUCACGUGAUAUGAAAAAGG